UGAAUGUUGUUUUCAUUUUUUGCAUUCAAGCGUUUAUUCAAAGCAGAUGUUUUUGCUCUUAGGAUUUUGAAGAACACUUUCUGUUUCGAAUGUUGCUCAAACACAACCUUUACAUGUGUUUGUUAGAUUCCGUCUUGUUCUGGGUUUUUCAUGGAUCGCUACAUUUGCACAUUUCGAGAUAGUCUCUCGGUUCGGUUGCUGAGAAGAAAAACUUAGCUGUUGUUGUAUUACGGAUAGCGAAGUUUGCUUCCUCGGUCAAUAGAGACUGAAUAAAAUUCACUGCUAGGGUUUUCUUUUUAAUUUUUUUAUUAUUAGUUUGGUGGGUUUGGAAGUAUCAUCCUCUGAUGACUCAUGAUUUUGUUAUCAAGAUAGAAAUAUUUGAUUAAUGUUUUUUCUUUAUAAUCUCUGGGCAACGGCGAGAAACUUUCGUGUUUAUAUUUUCUUAAUAUCUACUUCUUUGGUGAUUUUCAGGUUGUGCUGGUGUGAAUCAAUCUUCAAGAACUUGGCUUGGUACACUUGGUACUUAUAGUAGAGACAGCUUGUUCUUCAUCUGUUAUGGCACCUGAUCCAAGAGUUUUGAAGGCAUUCAAGGCUAUGAAGGCGAUUGGAAUCAGUGAAAACAAAGCCAAACCUGUACUAAAGAAACUUCUGAAAUUGUAUGAGAAAAAUUGGGAACUCAUUGAAGAAGAAAAUUAUCGUGCUCUCGCUGAUGCUAUUUUUGAGGAGGAGGAUGCUCAGCAAGAAGAAAAUUUUGGGGAAGAGCCUCUUGCUGACAUUGAGCCCUUACUCCCCUUAAAGCGCUUGCGUAGAGGCCAUGAAGCAUCAGCUACACCUUCUACCAGCAACUCCAGCCCAAUGUCAGGUGGAGCUUUAUUAAGAGAGCCAAAAUUGGAAGAGGCUGAACUACCUUCUACUUCUAUGCAACAGCAGUCUCAAGACAAGACAGAGGCUCUACAACUCAGUACUGGAAAUGUAAGGGUUGACACUCCUUGUCCUACCUACAAAAGAAAGAAACCUGUAUUGCCUACAAUUGCUUCUGCAGAAAAUAGAUGUAUUUCUGUGCGGGCAUCUCAUGGAGUGCACAUUAGAAAUCCCAUAUUUGAGUCGGGAAAUGUUCUUUUGCCUAAGGUGCCCAAUUCUCAAGCAUUGAUCAAGCCAAAAGAUGAGCCAUUUACCGAUGACAUGCUUAUGGAUGACAGACCACAGUAUGAGGUUCCAAUUGCAGUGAUUCAUCCAGGUUCAUUAGGCAUAAGACAUUCAUCUGCUGGAAAUGUUUCCAUGGAUGAGCCAGUUGGGGAGGAGCCUCAUCCAUCCCAACAUGUUGUGGCUGAAUAUGGAAGUAGUGAGGCUGUAACUUCUUUGACUGAGAGGAGCUCUAAUUGUGAACUUGCUAAUGUUCCUGAAGGAUCUCACCCUUCCUUGGAGAUUGCGUCUUCGACCACGGGAGAGGUGAAGAUAUCUCUAAGCUGCAAUUCCGCUGUUGGAAAUCCAAAUUUUCAUAUGCCUACUCUGGAUGAACUAAGAGAAUUAAUGGAACAGAGGUGUCUUCGAUCAUAUAAGAUCAUUGACCCAAGUUUUUCUUUCAUGAAUGUGAUGAAAGAUGUGUGUGAGUGCUUCUUGGAAUUGGCAACUAAUUCAUCUCCUGAAUCACAGGAAAGGGUAAGGGUGAUGCCACCUCUUGAUCUAUUGAGGAAAUCUACUACUCCGGAUGCACUUCUUUUUGGGGGUAGUGAGGAAAAUAGAUGGAUGUCAUCUUCUAUGAAUGGUACUGCUGAAAGAGAUAAGAAACAGGAACUAAAAGACCAUGAAUUUUCUAACUCAUCUAGUUUGGUUGUAGUGCCACAGUGUCAAUUAAGUGCUGAUGAAUUAAGGGUUUUAAAUGAUGUCAAAGACAUAGCUAAAGGGGAAGAAGGAGUUGCAAUUCCUUGGAUUAAUGAAAUAAACAAUGAAUGUCUGCCGCCGUUCCACUAUAUUUCCCAGAAUUUGGUGUUCCAAAAUGCUUCUGUGAAUGUCUCUCUUUAUCAAAUUGGUGAGGAGAAUUGUUGUUCUUCAUGUUUUGGUGAUUGCCUAUCAUCAGCAGUAUCUUGUGCUUGUGCACGCCGAAGUGGGAAAUAUGUUUACACAUCAGAAGGCCUUCUUGAGAAGGACUUCUUAAAUGAGUGCAUCUCAAUGACUCGCGAUCCUCAACAGCAAUGCCUUUUGAAUUGUAGGUAUUGCCCGCUUGAAAGAUCAAGAAAUGAAGGUAUUAUAGAACCAUGUAAGGGUCACUUGAAAAGAAAUAUUAUAAAGGAAUGCUGGAGCAAAUGUGGCUGUUACCGACAAUGUGGCAAUCGUGUGGUGCAGCGUGGGAUAAAUUGCAAACUGCAGGUGUUUUUUACACCUGAUGGAAAGGGAUGGGGGCUUAGAACUCUAGAGAAGCUGCAAAAAGGUGCUUUUGUUUGUGAGUUUGUUGGAGAAAUUGUAACCAUUAGAGAAUUGUAUGAGAGGAACAUCGAGAGACAUAACUGUCCAGUUCUAUUAGAUGCAUAUUGGGCUUCAAAAGGAGUUUCAAAAGAUGAAGAAGCUCUCUGUUUGGAUGCCACAUGUUAUGGAAAUGUUGCCAGGUUCUUAAAUCAUAGAUGCUUUGAUGCGAACUUGAUCGAGAUACCAGUUGAAAUUGAGAGUCCUGAGCAUCAUUACUAUCAUCUUGCAUUUUUCACAACAAGAGAAGUGGAUGCAUUUGAAGAGCUAACAUGGGAUUACGGUAUUGAUUUUGAUGACCAUGAUCAUCUUGCCAAUGCAUUCCAGUGUCGAUGUGGCAGUAGAUUUUGCAGGAACAUGAAACGUUCAAGUAGAUCCAAAUCUAUGCUGAAUUCAAGAUGAACUGACUUGUGGGGGCAUUCAGUUGUAGAAAUUUUAAUUCUAUAGAUUAGUCUCUCCCCUAAUGAAGAAAAGAGAGGAAGUGGAUUUUAGUUUGGUCAUACCACUGGCCUUUUGAUUUUGGCAAGUAGGGUUAGUAAUAGAAGCCGGGGGUAGUUCUUUUUGAAAUGCUUUAUUUUUGGCUGUGUACAUAUGUUUGACUGUUUGUGGUCCAGAUCUAUUGGCGGUAUUUUGUAAAGUUUGCUGUUCACUGCUAUAAUUUGGUAAAGCUAAACUUAUCUCAGCUUCUGUUUUUGACAAAUACUGCUGUGUAAUGAAUGUUUGGGGUUUGAUAUAUUGACAUUCGAAUUGGUCA